AUGGCCGCCGCUCUGAGGUCGAAGCCUGGCCCCGGUGAACUUGCGGAGGUGCGAUUGCUGAAGUUGAUGCAGGAGGACGAAUGGGGAAACUCCGCCGGAGGUCCGCAACACGACAACUCUGAUCGGCCUCUCCGUCGUGCAGCGGAGUUCAGACCAAUCGACCUUCCAUCCUCUCAAGGUAGCGAUUGGCGUACCGUUCGUGAGGGGCUCACAGAUGUGGAGAAGAGCAUUUGGAUGCGCGCCAUGGAGAUAGAAGGGAAAUUGCUCAUUGCCCGUAUGGAGGAGGAGCUUGGACAAGUUCGGACGACGAUCAUCGAUCAGGCUAACACCUAUCUUCAAAAGAUCAGGUCCGGCGGAGGGAACGCUACUCGAGGUCAUCAUCUAACGGCGAGGGCGUAUGAAGAAGUGCAACAGCAAGGCAAAGCCGUUCGCCUGCAUGCCCAGAUCUACAACAUGUGUGCCUCCAAGCUUCGUAAGCUUGACUGGGACGAUAGUGUCGAGGGUAAAGCCGACAAAGAUGCUUGUCACGCACGUUAUCGAUUUCUCGAAGCUGACCAUCUGGUGUGCUCUACGGCCAUGUACAGCAUACGAGGAACAAGCCCGAACUUCGUACUCCCUUGGUUUUGGAGGAUGAUUCCAGAAGGCUCGGACGACGAGACCGGAGUGGCAAGGCCCGAUGACGAGGAGUUCGUUGCUGAGUGUGAGCUUACUAUACUAGUCUGUCAACAUGGAGAUAGCUGA